GUCAGCUAACUAGCCAAGGUCAAGGGGGACGCGUGCCCUCCUUGUCUCAGUGACCUCCAUGUGGGUCCCGGCAGUCGGAACCGACGACUGGCAGAAGUAAGCAUGGGAGAGAGCGUUUCCAGUCGCUGCGCUGCGCGUCAUUCUCCUCCCCUCCUUCCACCCGGCAAAAACCCCGCGUCGGCCACUCUCCGGAGGCGACUAGGGUUUCAGCCCCUGGGACACGCCGCCGGUCGUGGCACCUCCGCCACCGGAUCCCGGUACCCGAGCUACGCCAUCGCCGCCCCGCCCCCGGUCACCGCCGGUGCGCUUCCGCCGACACCAGACGCAGCUCGUCCGCCCCGUCACGUGCACCUCUGCGUGGGCGCGGGAUUGGAUAGGGUUUGGGGUUUCGGCGGCUGGCGCCAAAUCCCACCGCUGCUGCUCGCGCAGGAGGUCUCGAGCCCUCGGGGUUCCCCUACUCCGCUCCGGCUGGAGUUCUCGAUGAAACUUGUUCUACAGUGUUCUUCUGUUGCAUGACUCAGUUGUUUUGAGUUAUACUUCAUAAUAACAAUGCAAACACGAAAAAAGGGUGCUGCAAAAAAUGCAGUGGGGUAUCAUGCCAAUCCUAAGACAAGUAGGCCAUCCAGAAGGGCAACUCAAUCUACAGUUGCUGAAAAGAAAGUAUCUGAUCUCAUCACGUCUUCUUCCAAGAAGCAGAGACCUGUUGGUGUCACUUCCAAGAAGCAUUCUAAAGGAGGAAGGAAGCUGCUAGUUUCAUGUGAUACAACUGAUGCUGGAAAUGAUGCACCUCAGGUACCCCCUAGCGUCUUCCCUGAUCUGCAGGCCCAGCAUUCUGAUGGUGUUGCAGAUGAUCGUCCCAACGAUUCCAUAUUCUCUCCAACAUACCAUCAUCACAAGGAAGGUGGUGUGAAUAACCUAUCCAAAGGCUUAGAAGAACAAACAACACAUGUUCAUGGUAGUAAGGAAGCUAGCCUAAAAUCUGGUUCAAACCUUGCAUGCAACACUCAUGAUGGGAUAAAUGACCACUCUGGCACACUAAAGUUGCAAUCAGCUGGGCAAAGCACAUUGCUUGAAGUGGAUGAGUACAGUGAACUGGGAAACCUUUCCUCAGAAGUAUCAGCAAUAUAUCUUGCUAUGCAGCAGUCUAAGUUGGAGUGCAUUGAUGAACAGAGUCAAGAUUCUACCUCAACAGAAGGUUAUGGUGAAGCUGAGGAGACUGAAGAGUAUGAUGAUUUUGACCCCUACUCCUUUAUCAAAGAUUUACCUGAUUUAUCUAUGGUGGUCCCCAAGUUUCGUCCUGUUCUCCUUCCAAAGCAGACCCGGAGUUGUCCUACGAUGACUCUUGUACUUGAUCUUGAUGAGACACUUGUACAUUCAACUCUUGAACACUGUGAGGAUGCUGAUUUCACAUUUCCAGUUCAUUUUAACUUCAGAGAGCACACAAUAUAUGUUCGAUGCCGCCCCUAUCUCAAGGAAUUCUUGGAUAGGGUUGCCAGCGUGUUUGAGACAAUUAUUUUCACUGCUAGUCAAAGCAUUUAUGCGGAGCAACUUCUCAAUGUUCUUGAUCCCAAAAGAAAGUUGUUCCGUCAUCGUGUUUAUCGUGAAUCUUGUGUCUAUGUGGAGGGAAACUACAUGAAGGAUCUGACAGUACUUGGACGUGACUUAACUCGCGUAAUGAUUGUUGACAAUUCUCCGCAGGAUUUAAAUGUAAAGCCGCUUUCCUCGUUGCAGGCCUUUGGGUUCCAGUUGGACAAUGGCAUUCCUAUAGAAAGCUGGUUUGAUGAUCCCAAUGACAUGGAGCUGCUGAAAUUGCUCCCGUUCUUAGAAAGCUUGGUCGGCGUUGAAGAUGUCAGGCCUUAUAUAGCAAGGAAGUUCAACCUAAGGGAGAAGGUAGCCACCGCAUCUUCUCUUACAAUAGACAUGCAGAUGUGAUCCGUCCAAUGCUGCCAGGUAUUUUUCAGGUGCCAAAGGUCGCCGUGAUGAUAAAUGUAGGACCGGAGCUGAUAUAGUGGUUCUUGUUGAAUGUAGCAUGUCAGGAUCUCCUGGCUCCUUGCAUUAUUGUAUGCUCUACCGACCGCAAUGUACAAUUUUCGCUGCAGUUGGCAGUUGUAGACUUCACUUGCAUUUUGUUGGCCCAGUUGACAUGGGAAGGGCCUACUUGAACAUUUUGUCGAUCAGUUAAUAUCGUGUUGAUUCAUA